AAGUAUGUGGGUAUCCAUGUUGACUGACAGGGGAAAUGAAGGCCUGCGGUCCUGCCGCCGUUACUAAAAUGGAGUCGGCGAAGAGUCGGCGGAGGUGAUGUUAAAAGAUCCCAGUGUUGCUGGGAGUCAUGGAACGAGUUUAGGGUUUGUACUAUAGACAGCAACUUCACUGCCAAAAUGACAUCUUCCACCUCUACCCAAUAUCCAUCAUCUGAGAGUGCCUGCAGAUCAUCAAUUGAACCAAUCAAAAAGGUACGACCAAAACUACAACUUCUGAAGAUUCUGCAAGCUGUAGGUGCUCCUGGUGAAACUUUCACACUAAAGGAGAUCAUACAUUAUCUUGGAGAGUAUAUCACACUGAAACAGCUGUAUGACAAACAACAACAGCAUAUGGUUUAUUGUGGAGGAGACCAGUUGGGGGAUCUUCUGGGUCGUGAAAGCUUCUCUGUGAAAGACCCAAGCCCAGUUUAUGACAUGCUGAAACGGAAUGUGACUCCUGCUACUGUUACAGAUGCUGCACAGACACUUGCUCUCGCAAAGGAUCAGAGUGUGGAUAAUCCAAGCCAAGAUCGACUGAAGCAGGGUAGCACAGAGAGAAGCUUCGUCACUGGGCAAGAAGAGGAUGAAGGUGACACAUCUGUCUUGUCUACCUCAAAGUACACAAACAAAGAAGAUGAAGAUAUAUUGUUAGAUAACGUUUCAAAAGAACAGGCCACACUGGAUCUGGUGCUUGAAGAGUGGGAUAUAGCUGGCCUUCCGUGGUGGUUUUUAGGGAAUCUUAGAAGCAAUUACAAAUCCAGAAGUAAUGGCUCAACAGAUAUACAUACCAAUCAGGAUUUAGAUACAGCAGUUGUUUCAGAUACUACUGAUGACUUGUGGUUCCUCAAUGAAGCUUCUUCUGACCAGUUAGAUGGCACAAUCCCAACAAAACCAGUUGAUUGUGAACAAACUGAUGAAGAAGGAAAAGAGGGUAGCAAAAUGGUGAGUGAAGUUGCAUCUUCUGAUGAUUUUGAGGAUUCACAGUGCUUAAGUGAUGACACAGACAUAGAUGCUCCUGCUGAGGACUCUUGGCAAUGUACCAAGUGCAAGAUGUUCAACUCUCCCAUUAAACGGUACUGUUUCCGCUGCUGGGCCUUACGGAAAGACUGGUUCUCUGACUGCCCCAAGCUAGCACAUUCCCUCUCCACAUCCAAUAUUGCCACAAUGCAAAAUAAAGAGGACACAGAAGGGAUGGAUGUCCCAGACUGCCGAAGGACAGUGUCCGCUCCAAUUGUACGACCCAAAGACCUGUGCCGAUCAGAAGUCAAAUUGAAACUAAGUCCUAAGAGCUCCAUGGAUUCCCUGGAUCUAGCAAAAGGGUAUGAAGACAGAGAGCCUUCAUUGCAGUUUGGUAAGUGCAAAGAAGAAGAAGAAGUGCAAUCCCUUGAAAGUAGCAAAGAGUUGCUGAAGCCUUGCAUCGUGUGCCAGAAGAGGCCACGGAAUGGGAAUAUUGUCCAUGGAAAGACAGCUCACCUAGUGGCCUGUUUCACAUGUGCAAAAAUGUUAAGGAAGGGCCGAUCACCUUGCCCAGUGUGUAAGAAACAGAUUCAGAUGGUGAUCAAGACUUUCAUAGCAUAGCUGUGUCAGUUGUAGAGGGAUGUAGGGAAAUGGUGGUCAAAUUCUAAAAAGUAAUACUAUAUAUUCAGAUGUAUAUUUUUUCUUAUUAGAAAAGGCAGAUAUAAUUUUAAAAAAGAGAACAUGAAUUUAAGGAAAACGUAUGAUCUAAAAUUAAUCGGAGCAAGAUUUCAGACAUUUAUGCACCAUGAAAAUUAACAUGAAGUUAGUAUUGUGUUGAAAUGGCUGUCAUGGAUCAGAGCUUGUUUAUUAUAUGAACUAGUUGAAUGGAAGCAGAGAACUCUUGGUUAUUGCUAGGUCAACUGGCCAUUUACUAGCUGUAAGUUGAGCAAUAUACUAUGUGUAGAAUAGUGCCAUUUCUGAAGUCCAGAAGCCUCAUUGUACAAUUGUGUCAAGCUGUUUAGAAAACUUCUUUAACUUCAAAGAGUUCGAGGAUUAAGGAGUUUCAGCUGGGUUUUUCCUCUUACAGUUAAUUUAAACUGCAGAGGAUGGAUAUGUUUUUUUUUUUUUAAGUUAACCCCCAUAGGAGGCUGUUAGGAAUACAUGUGAAAAACAUACCUGUUCUCCCAGUGGUAAGCUUAUAUCCUGGUAUGAGUUUUUGACAAAGAUCCCUUGGAGUCCAAAGCUCUAUUUAGAUGUUGCACUGUAUAGAACCGAUUUAAAAUCGGGGAUCAUGAUCACAUAUUCUCCAGGUCUACUUGAUGUCCAUGCAAUGGAUGUUCUACUAGAAUAGUAUUCUACAUCCUUUCUGUGCGAUUUACCCCUCAAAAGUUGGGAAUGUAGGCCCUUCUUCACAAAAAUGGCAUCCAUCCUCAUUGGAGAUCUGUACUUCCCACUGGAUGUAGGCUUUACACAGAGCCGUGUCUGAAUAUAAAUAUGAAGCUAAUCACAUGUUUGUUGCAUUUGGGUUGGGACAUGCAGGAUAUAGUUGUUGCAGAUUUUAAGCCCUUAGAGGUUCUUCCUGUUAUCUAAGUUAUGGUGAGUUCAUAAAGAUGAAAAAUGCAAUUUAAUUUGUAGCUUUAAAUGUAGUUUUAAUGAAUCAGAAAAUCAGUCCUCCCUAACUAAUCACAGAACUAACGCAGCCUAAUUUUGGUAUCUGAAGGAACUUACUGUUUGUUUGAACAACUACUUGAUUGCUGGUACUCGUAAUUUUUCAAGGGUGACUGAUCAAGGGCCAAAUUAUAUUUAGUAAGAAGAAAAUGUUAUUUGGAUAUUAGACAAUAUAUAAUAAAGAAGAAGCUUGUAUUUAGUCAGGAUAGACAUUCUUAUCAAACUCACAAGUUCAUGGAAACAAGAUUGUACUGCCUAUAUCCAUCCAUCUAUCCAAGCCUCCAACAGCAUUCUGCCAAAGAUCUGGCCAUUGCAGCUGCCCAGAGCCAGGGCCUAUAGAAAAUAAUAGUGCUCUUUCUUCUUGGCACCUUUAUUUCCUGGUAUAGUUUAAUGUUGGGAGUCCUGCAGAGUGAGGCAUCUUGCACUUUAAAACCUUUUAAAAUAUACAGAUCUUACUCUUUGUUUACUCCGUUCUCAGGGAGCACUGCAAGAUUGUUUCCAGUCAUGUAUUUUCUGUAGGUCCUGGGCCAAUGGUAAAAGUGGUGCUAGUAGUGAAUGCCCUAGUGAUUUAGAAUUCCAGUUCAGCUUUAUGGCUACAGUUUAGGUGAUUAACUGCCAUGGUCCUCCCUUGGGCAUCACCCUUAACUGUUCUAAGCUCUUUUAAAGCAAGACUGUCCCUGAGGGCAUGAAGUUUAACUAGUCAUGAACUGCAGAUUGUAUUUCCUGUUCAAAAAAUCUGCAGGUCUUCCUUCAUUGCUUCCCUUUUUUUAUCUAGAAGUAACCUUGUUAGUUGCAGCAAAAACAACAAAGAGUCUUGUAGCACCUUAAUAGACUAACAUAUUUAUUUUGGCAUAAAUUUAAGCAGACAGUUCUACACAAGCUUAUGCCAGAAUAGAAUUGUUAGUCUUCAAGGUGCCACAAGAUUCUUCGUCUUUUUAAUAUAGUAUGCAGUCAGACUCUCCAGUUCCCUAUACCAACCAGCUGUACCAAAAGGUUCUUGAUACUGCCUCUCUGCUUCCAUUGUUGAAAGAAACAAUACACAGAAGUGAACAGUUUUCGCUCCCUUAACCACCCAUUGAGCUAUUGCUGUCCCUGCAUUUAAAGUAGUCUUUGGGAAAGCAAGAGGGAGAGAAGAAAAACUAUUGCUAUUGAUGUAAUUGAUGUGUCUUAUCUACUGUGGCCAUUAACAGUCCUUUCUGGGCUGGCUGCAUAGCUCCAUUAGCUAAGUUUAUUUUGGAGGAGGUGGCUUUUAUUGUGAGAUUAGCAUUAGAACUGUAGCACCCAAUCAGCGUCUCUGUGGGUGAUAAUUACAUUAUCUGCCACUUAUUCUGCUUACACCUCAUUCUUCAACUUCCAGCAAGCUGCCUAUAAUUGACCAUUCAUCCCAAAUGGGAGAGAACUCUGCAGUAUACAUUUGGCUUUCCUCCUAGUUCUUCUGCCAAUGCAGAUGAUGAAUGCACAUUUUUCUCUGUUCCAUACUUACUGAUAAUUGUGUAAUUAUUACUUUUAGUUAUUUGUUGACUAUUUGAUAUGAUAGGUUGAAGGUAGCUUGUGUUUGCAUGGUAUCCUGCAUAACUGGUGGGGAACAGUAUGAGUUUCAUAUGUGGAAAUAGCCCAGUAUUUCUCCAAGCAGGAGAAACGCACAUUCUCCCUCUGCAUUAUUCUGUGGAAGCACAAAAAGUGAAUACAGUUUAUGCUUCCCCUUUCUGACUUUUCCCUAUGACAUGAGAUGCCACCUUAAGUUGAAUAUAUACUAAGCUGCCAUUUGAUGCUUCCAGGAUGACUCCUUUGCUACUUCAAGCCAGCUGUAUUUAAGAGUAUGAUCCUGGGAGCUAUGCAAUUUUCUAUCUAUAUGUUGUCAUUUGUAUGCGUAUGAUGCACCUUUUGUCAGGGAUCCUUAACUAGUGUAUUGGAGUAGCUCUUGAAGACAGGAUAUAAAACUUGCCUACUUGGUGUGGUCUCAUGCUCAGCCUGGUAGGCCUUGCGGCAUAACCCUGAAAACAUUUCCUCUGGAUACUGUGAGCUGUUUUCCCAAUAAGGUUUGAACAAUUGUUUAGUGUUUAAAUAACCCUAGUUGGGUGUGUGUGUGUGUGUGUGUGUGUGUGUGAGAGAGAGAGAGAGAGAGAGAGAGAGAGAGAGACUGACUGACUGACUGAUGGCACUUUGCUGCAAGCUGUGUAUAUCUAAAAUGAAAUGCAAAUGUAUCUUGUACUUUUCUUUUGAUGCUCUAAGCUAUGAGUACUGUGUGUCCAUAUAACUCAGUGGGAGACAGAACCAUAGUCCAGUGUGUACUGCCAGGUCUUGUUGUUGGCUACAGUAGUCUGAGAGUGCAAGCCAUUCAACAGCCAACUGUCGACAAAGUACCAGCUAGGUUCAGAAUUAUUCAGCUGCUGGUUUGUAGUCGAUGGCUUUUAUAAAUGAAUAAAUUAUUUACUAAAUGUUAAUUUAAGAUGCUAGAGAGUAACCAGUAUCUCUUUCCACGACACUGAUGCUAUAUUUCUGAGCAGAAAGCAAGUAGAUAAUUUAGGGAUUUAUCUGACAUGAAAGCUUACUUUUUGAGAUCUGGUUAUUUAAAACCUUUGAAUAUAUUAUUUUAUAAAAUGUAUACAGCUGAUCACAGUUAAUGGUGUGGAAGAAAAACCAUGUUAACUUACAGUAACUAUGUAUUUCACUUGGUAGAUUUUAAGUUGUUGGAAUGAAUUUUUUUCUUAUCCUUUCCUCAACCCCCUAAAGGUAAAACAAAGUUGUAGCUUGCAUUAUGGGAAUAAAAUGAGAAUCUGAAAUUAGGACCAUUCAUAACCUGUCAAAUUACUAGAAGAGCUAGUUAUUUGCAUGUCAUGAAUGCAAACAUAUUAGCCACCUUUUGAGGUGAAAUGUCAUUUCAAGGGAAUUUCCCCAACAUCAUUGUCGACUGAAAUACCAAACCUAUAAGCAAAAAGGCCUGAAGAUGUAUUGGGGGAGACUUUUAAGUUGUUUUCAUUACACUCAAAAAUAUUAUUAAAAUAGUCUUUCUGUGUGAAUAUUAAACCUUUACAAUGAUUUAGAAUCACUUCUUUCAACAGUAAACAUAAACACCACAUUCUAAAGCUAGAACUAGACAUUAUACUCAGUAUGGGGUUGUCACCGAAAAUGGCAGCUCCAUAGAGGUCUCUCCUUGUCCCUCUGUCAUGAUACCAUGUGAGAUUCACAUCCUCACUGCUGCAGGCCAUUGGCAAGGUUUGAGAAAUGACAUAUGUAAGCAUGCAUAAAUGUUAUGCUGUGGAAAAGCUAACUCACAAUGUUUUUUACAGAAGCACAGUGUUUGAGCAUAACUUCUAGAUCUGUCUAGAGCCCGGGCAAAUCCGUCCAUUCUAUGUAAUUCUUUCCCUGCCUCUGUUUCUUUCAUUCUAAUCCUACAUUGGGCAAUUGUAGGCAGGAAGUAGUCUUGCUUUGUGGAUGACUCUGUAGGCCUAAUUGGCCCUCUACUUUGUACUUUUUCUGUAAUUGUUUAAAAUAAAUUUUUGCAAGUGAAUUAAAUGCAAUGCUACCCCA